CUGUGAACUAGCUUUGUCUUGAGGAUAUCGCCCAGUGGUCCCUUUGUUUCCUAAAGAUUGUCGUACAUUUUUCAAUUUUUUCAAUCAAUUUUUCCAACAAUUCGAAAAGUCGUUCUCAUUGGAUCAUUUUCCUCCGUGAAUAUCCUGCAUAGACCGAUUCUUCCUUAGGUAGCCCGAGUCCUCGGGACUUGGCAUUCGACUGCGACUUCGGUCCGCUUCGUGAGCGCAGCUGGAUUGGUUUGACGGCCGCCUUCGGUGGACAUUGUUCGAGUGCUGGGGCUGGGUGCGUAGGCGUCGUUCGGUUCGAGGUGCACGAGAUGGAGAUCUAUCAGAAAUGCGCGUCAGAUCGUCGAGUGUUUCGCAUCGGUCUUACUGCUGGGAUGCAGCUGCGUCAUCGCCCCGGCGUCUUUGCAAACUGUUCUAAACUGAAGCAACUUUGGCAUGGGCAGGUGAGCCAGGAUCAUUUCCAAGAGUCCACCUUCUACGUCAAGCAGACUCCAGAUCUUCACUUGCGCCCUUUCUUCUUCGCCACUCACAAGGAUCAGAUAUCAAAUCGAGGUCUAGAUAUGAACCCGCAGGAGGCAAAUAUCACAAAUGUCUAGUCCUCCCCUGUUGUACAAACACGUGGAAGCAGAGGAUUCUCCUCGCAGUGUAGCACCCAGAAAUAAAGAUUCAAAAAGAUAGUGGUUCCACAUCCACAUGUUGUCCGCAAAGUUCUGAAAGUCAUCUGUCGCCUCAAAUCCUGCACAAGUCACUUUCUAAACGAUGAUGGCGCAAAAAAUGGCGACAUGCUGCACCCGCGACAGAAAGGAAUCAUGAUUUUAACGAGAGAAACAUGAGCUGGUGUCCGUGAGAGACGACAGGAAUUGAAACGGAGGCCAAAUGCGAGCCAUUUUGCAGUCUGUGAGAAGAACAAACUCUGGAAUUGGUACAGCCUUGAGUAGACUUAGAACUAAUUCUUUGUUCUGGGUGUCGAGGACAGAAAUUAGCAGCACUUUGUAGAGCACUUUUCCCUCAGCUAUCUGUAUUGACUGGUUGUCCA